GAGAAUCGUCAUUCAAGACCUGUCAGAAGCCACAAGAAAAAAAAUGGGAAGAGAAUGCUGGGAUCAAAGAUGCACUCCAUCCACCCUGCUGAUUAGAUUUAGUUUGACUGAAGAGAAAGAUGCAUGUUUUCCUCACGGGAGAAAAAGCAAACUCAGUCCUAAAACGCUACCCAAGAGCAAAUGGGCUUUUUGAAGAAAUAAGACAGGGCAACAUCGAGCGUGAGUGCAGAGAAGAAGUCUGCACAUAUGAAGAAGCCAGAGAGGCUUUUGAAAAUCAUGAAAAAACCAAGGAGUUUUGGAGCACCUACACAAAAGCACAACAAGGAGAAACCAACAGAGGAAGUGACUGGUUUCAAUUUUAUCUUACUUUUCCACUAAUCUUUGGCCUCUUCAUUAUUCUCCUUGUCAUUUUCUUAAUCUGGAGAUGCUUUCUAAGAAACAAAACUCGGAGACAGACAGUGACUGAAAGCCACAUUCCUUUCCCUCAACAUCUUAACAUCAUUACUCCACCUCCUCCACCAGAUGAAGUCUUUGAUAGCAGUGGAUUGUCUCCAGGGUUUUUGGAAUAUGUUGUUGGGCGCUCAGAUUCAGUUUCCACUCGCCUUUCCAACUGUGAUCCCCCACCGACAUACGAGGAAGCCACUGGCCAGGUGAAUCUGAGAAGGAGUGAAACAGAACCUCAUUUAGACCCACCACCAGAAUAUGAGGAUAUAGUCAACUCCAGUUCAGCCAGUGCCAUCGCUAUGGUGCCUGUGGUCACCACCAUCAAAUGAAGCUGUAAAUCAUUUUUUUUUACUUUAAUCAUUUCUAAAAUACUAAUGGAAAAACUUUCUAGCACUUUAAUACUACAGAAAUGUGCAUUGACUUAUUUUAUUAGACUCUUAGAGCAUACCACUUCACAUUUACUGGUUUGAUUUAUCUUUGGUUUUGUUUCUUAUUAUAAAAUCAUUAACUGUGUUUGUUUUUUUACAAGAGGAAACAUGAAUGAAAGACAUAUCAGUGGCAGUCUUUAUGUGCCAUAAGGAAUACACAUGUAUGCAUAUAGCCACAUAUAUACCAUCUAAUUUAUGUACAACUAACUUCUACUACACCACCAAUAAAAACAGCAUUACUCACAAAAAUUAAAAAGUCAGGGGGCACAAACAGUGUAUGUGAUAGACAGCAACAUGCA